AUGGCCGUCGAGAUCUAUCGCAGCCCAAGCUCGUCACACCAAGAAGACGAGGAACUUCUUCAGGCCUUGCGUGGAGCUGCUAGAUCAGGACAUCGGCUCUUGAUUCUAGCCAUUCACAUUAAUGGACAACUCUUGACCACCGACAAGGAUAUUGCCGACUCAUUUCUCGUCUCGUUCCAAAAGGUCUUUUGCCUGGAUAGCCUGAGCAACUACUCUACCUUCGAUCGAGUGAGCGACAUGCCAGAUCUGGUGACAUCUACACCGGACGUGAAAAUAGUCCUUAAGACUCUUAAAAUCUCCAAAUCCGCGGUUUCAGGUAAUAAUAAUAAUAAUAAUAAGAAUGGUAUAUUUCACGAAGCCCGUGAGGCAUGCUAGACCACGGACCUCACCACACCGAUCGCCCCCACCUCGGCCACAUUACACUUUACCUCAGGAACGCUUCCACUGCGUUCUGCUUUAGCUGGUUCAAACCCUAGAAUCACUCGUAACGGAGGUUCGGUCCGUAUUCCAACUCGUUUUGUGGAAUUUUUUUAUUACUAA